AUGCCUCCCGUCGCUCCUAUCAAUGCUGGCCAGCAUGGCCCCUCCAACGUGGAUAAACUCAAGAUGGGUGCUAUGAUGGGUGGAACUGUUGGUGUCAUCAUGGGUUUUGUCUUUGGAACUGUCAACAUUUUCCGGUACGGAGCCGGCCCUAACGGCAUUAUGAGAACCCUCGGUCAAUACAUGCUUGGCUCCGGAGCAACUUUUGGCUUCUUCAUGUCCAUUGGUAGCGUCAUUCGAUCCGAUGCCGACCCCAAACUUCACGAAAUGUACAUGCGAGCUCAACGCCGGCCUAUAAUGUUGAUGGCCAACCCCGCGUGGAGGAAAUCAUGA